AUCUGUUAUGGCUGUUUUAAUAAAUUUAAUUAACCCAGCCCAUUUUAAAUUAAAAAAACAAAAACAAUUGCAAUAUGUAAAACAUCUGAUUCAUCAUUGUUUAAUCAAGUUUCUUCAAGUGACACACAAUACCAAGCUCUCUCAAUUAUUCUUACAUUUUCACAAUUUUACACUAAAGGCAGCGUAAGAACAGUUUUAAGUGAAGCAAUCUGACGUCAGAAGAAAAGCAAUUAACAACUGAAAGCUAUUUCGUGAUAUGAGCUGUUGUAGUCCCUGCCCACCAAUGUGCUCGCCAUGCGGUCCAUGUGUCAUUGAUCCAUGCAAUCCUUGUAUGCCAAUGUGCAUGCCUUGCCCACCCUGCCCCCCUUGCAUACCGUGCAGCCCUUGUGGUCCUUGCGGUCCUUGUGGUCCUUGCGGGCCGUGUGGGCCACCAUGCGGGCCUUGCGGGCCUUGUGGACCAUGCCCUCCGCCUUGCAAUCCGUGCAUGCCUUGUAACCCUUGUGGACCAUGCCCACCGUGCCCGCCGUGCGUGCCCUGCAACCCUUGCAUUCCUGUGUGCAACCCCUGCGAGCCUUGUGUGCCGGUGAGAUGUCUGCCUGACAAGCUUAUGACUGAAUACCUCUAUGUACGACAAUUGCCAGUCUGCGAUGGAUAUCCUGGGGCCAACGGCAGCAGAGUCGAAUGCCUCUCAGAUAUGGCCAAACAAAUUCCUAAACUUAUUGAACGAGAUGCUUGUUGUAACCGUUAUUGCUAAGUCAAUGGAGGCGUGACCAGGAGCCUCCUUGAAAAACCUGUCCAACAAAAAAAAAUCUAACCACUUUAUCGCUGUAACCAAUGUCAGAAGCUUAUUUAUAUUACACAAACUGUCUGCUGUCUUUUCUCGCACACACCACAAAUAUACAUAACACAGCAUGAA